AUGAGUGAACGUAAAGCUGUAAUUAAAAAUGCUGAUAUGAGUAAUGAAAUGCAAGAGGAUGCAAUACAUAUAGCUGCUGGUGCAUUAGAUAAACAUGAUUUAGAAAAAGAUAUAGCUGCUAAUAUUAAAAAAGAAUUUGAUCGUAAAUAUAAUCCUACAUGGCAUUGUAUUGUUGGACGAAAUUUUGGAAGAAGUUUCAUUUCUACAUUAUCAUUAAUGGAUCAGUUAGUAUUUGCCUAUAUUGCAUUACAAUAUUACCCAUUUACAAAACUUAUAAUGGAAACAAGUAUAGAUUUAUUAGAAUCAUCUGAAGUAAAAGCUCAUGUUUGUCAUACUGAUAUGAAUCAAACAAUGCAAGAUGAAAUAAUCUCUAUAUGUUUGAAAUUUUGGAGUUUAAAUCAACGAAGUUUAGAUACUACAGCAUAUAUUAAAAGAAAUUUAGAUAUAAAAUAUGGACCAGCAUGGCAUUGUAUUAUAGGUGAUGAAUAUAACAGUUGUGUUACACAUGAUUCACAAUAUUUUCUCGAUUUCAAAUUUGAGAAGAAAUCAUUUAUGAUUUAUAAAACUAGUUUAUAA